GCACUUUGUUUACUUGACGUGUCCUUCAAUCAUAAGACAAGAUGACUGGUCGUGGAAAGGGAGGAAAAGGAUUGGGAAAAGGAGGAGCUAAGCGCCAUCGUAAAGUUCUUCGUGAUAACAUCCAGGGAAUUACCAAACCAGCCAUCCGUCGUCUCGCUCGUCGAGGUGGUGUCAAACGUAUUUCUGGUUUGAUCUACGAAGAAACUCGUGGUGUCCUCAAGGUAUUCCUUGAGAACGUCAUCCGUGAUGCAGUCACCUACACCGAACACGCCAAAAGGAAGACUGUCACAGCUAUGGACGUUGUCUACGCAUUGAAACGUCAAGGUCGCACUCUCUACGGAUUCGGAGGUUAAAGUGUACCUACUCGACACAAAAACCGGCCCUUUUCAGGG